AUGAAGCUCGUCAUAUCUGGAGCGACAGGAUUCGUCGCCACGGAGCUGAUCCGCCAAAGCCUGAGCAACUCCAGCAUAACUUCGGUGGUGGCCUUGGCCCGUCGACCUAUCACGGUGCCCGACAACCUUGGCCCUGAGGCAGACACGUCCAAGUUGAAGACUGUGGUCCUCGAGGACUUUUCAAAGUAUCCGGACGAUGUGAGGAAGCAAUUGGAGAAUGCGGAUGCUUGUAUUUGGACCCUCGCAAUCACUCCCAGCAAGUCCAAAAGCAUGCAGUGGGACGAAGUAUACCGAGUUUGCCACGAAUACACCAUGGCCGGACUCAAAACGACGUUCGAGUCGUCCCGAGUUGCGAGCAAAUCGACCCCGUUCCGUUUCCUGUACAUGAGCGGCAUUGCCGCUGAACGAGACCAGACCAAAACCCCGCGGUUCAUGCCCAAAUACUCCUUGAUGCGGGGCGAGACUGAGAACCAAGUUCUGGCCUUCGUAUCCUCGCAUCCCGGCAAGAUCGAGGCUACCGUCGCGAAACCGGGACUGAUCACGCAGCCGGGGAGUAUAUAUCACUGGCUGCGCUCCACUUUGCUCUGGUUUGUAAUUUCUCUGCCCAGCAUAAGUGUCGUGGAAAUUGCAGCUGCUAUGUUGGAUCAAGUGGUGAAUGGGUUUGAGAAGGAUCCUUUGAUGAACGAGGACUUGGUCAGAAUUGGACAACGCGUGCUGCACGAGAGUAGCUGA